AUGCCGGAAGCAAAAACUGAAGUGCGAUGUCCAACGCCCCUGCACAAUGUGUGCCAGGGCAAAUGCGGACUGCCUCGGUUCACAAGCAUCACAAUGGAUAGUCGAGACAGGAGCCCCAAAGAGAGGCUCCGGUCGGACGGUAUACAUAACCAAGAUCCCAACGAAAGAGAGGCGCCAGCUGAUCUGGACAAUGUCACUCAUCGGCCGAUUCAAGUCGGUGCAGCCCAGGCCAAAUCCGCACAAUGGAACUCCAGCUCGACCAUUGGGUUAGUUGAAGAGGCUUUCCAUCACCACCACGCGAGUUCUCCACAAGAUUCUGCGACGUCGGCUUUUUCAGCCAGCCAAUGGAUGCACCCAAGGACGUUAAAUACCGAUACAAAGCGAAGAAUCGGUUACCAAGACCCGGUACAGAGGGUGCUAUCUCGACAUGCCAGGAGUAAUACGAAGCCAAUGGCUGAGCGGUCAAUCCCAAGCUCGGCAGAAAGGGAGCUUUUGUCUUUGCUCCCAUCCCAUGACGCUGCUUUGCUGCUUGUCAACAACUAUUUUGAUCGCAUUCACUGGUUCAUGUUGCUGUUCCACCAACGCGACUUUGGGGACAGCUUCGAACGAAUUUACUCGCCAAAUCGAGAGCAGUGCCCACCGAAAGGUGCCAGUAGUCAGAUUGGGUAUAUUGCUGUGCUCCUGGCUGUAUGCGCAACCAGCCUCCAGUAUACUACUGCUUCUCAAAGGCAUACUCUAGCUAGUGAAGGAGUUGAGGCAGAUGCCUUGAAAGACCGGAUCCUCACGACGCUAAGGCUGAGACUGCUGGAUGUUUUGUCACUGGGUUCCUUGGAGGCGGUACAUAUGUGUGUCCUCUUAGGAAGCUACUACCUGUAUCAUGGACAGCCCGAGUUAGCCUGGCCUCUCUGUGGGUGCGGACUACGUAUUGCGCAAGCCUUGAAUCUUCACCGAAAGGUCCCACUCGAUUGCUCGAACCAGGAGGGCCAUAAUCAACCCAAGAUUUCCGCUAGACAGCGUUGCUGGUGGGCGGUGUAUGAAAUCGAAACUUUCUGCUCUAUGAUGCAUGGCUUUCCUCUGAGUAUAUCGGAUAGCGAUUGUGACAUCGAGGAACUGGAUCCCCAUGACGAUUGUUCAGCCUCAGCUACUCAGAAUCAAUCUCCUGACCAACCAACCCUUCUUUUCUUCAAGUGCGCAAUGUCAAGGUUGUCAAAGAUUGUCAAAUGUGCAUUGACGGAACUUUACGGCACGCACAGAGACCUGGACAAGCAAAAUAGGCCAAUUGUUGGCGAUGUGUCUCGCCUCCAAAGCCUCAUAGAAAAAGUGGCCGGACUUGAGAUGAGAAUCUUGCAGUGGCAAGAAAGUCUUCCAACCAAAUUGCGGCUGGAACACGAUGCUUGCUUCACAGAACAGCUUUUCCAGCUUCAGGCUCUCGUCCUUAAACUAGCCUUUGAGAACGCCAGGAUCCUAAUACAUCGGCCACUGCUAUCAUACAAACUGGUGGCUGUAAAAGGAGCCCAUAAGGACGACAGCGGUACACGCUUAGAUCCCUUUCAGCGCUCGAUAAGGGCGUGCCGAGAGGCUGCUUUACAAGUAUCGAGAGUUGGCUCAGCUCCGAUAUUCAGACACAUAUCUGACACGUACGCUACUACAUUUGCCUCUGUACAUUUGUUUACCGCAGGUGUUACUCUUUGUAUCAUGACCAGCCUUGACCCGCUCAGUCGCGAAUCUCACGAGUCCAAGUUGGGCAUCCAUGGAUUGAUAGAAAUGCAGACCAUUCUACAGCCACAGUCAAUUGCCGCUGCACAGGGCCUCGAAAUUCUGAGAAAUCUUAUGUCGUUGGUCAUGGCCAAAGAAAUCAACAGCAUAUUUGAAGUCCGGCCCCCUGCCAUGGUUGAUAAGCAGCAGAUAUCUGGAGACCCUCCGACUUCCACCACAAGCUCUUCGGAAGUGCAGUUGCAACGCCACACAGUUUUGCCAGAAGGCGAUCACGAGCCGACGAGAGUGGCGUCAGAUUCCCUAAUGGGCAACGUAGAGUUUAGUUUCUGCGAGAACCCCUCAAUGACCGAGGCUCUCCUUGACUUUGAACAAGUCAUCAGUUACCCGCCAAGCGAUGUUGCAGAUGAAGAUCCUCCGAGUCUGACCGAGGAUUACCUUUCCCGGAAUUAUUUUGUCGGGCAAGACCAGGCAUGGAUAUGGGGCUGGCACGGCAAUAUUUAG